AUGCUUGCUGCCACUGCUGUGCUCGUGUUUUGGAUCUCACUCACACUCCCCCUGUGCCAAGCAGGCGACGACAUCUCCUUCACCCUCACUCCCUCCUUCCAGAAUAGCAACCUGUUAGCUUUCAGAGGCAGCGCAAAAGGCAAAGAGACGAGCAUCUUCCUCACCUCGGGGCAGCCAGGGAGUGUCGGACGAGUCUACCACAAGCUCCCGGUCCGCUUCCGCCAUGCCGACGCCCCUGUCAAGCUCGUCACCUUCAAUACCUCGUUUCAGUUCAAGAUCACGCAGCCGUCGUGCCAGCAGGGAGAAGGAUUCGCCUUCGUCGUCGUCCCCAAGCCUCGGGCUCCUCCACCCGGAAGCGUCCUCGGCCUCAUGACCCCCGGCCGGAGCCUCAACCACACGUUUGCGGUGGAGUUUGACACGCACCAGAACAUGGUGUACGAGGACCCGCCCUGGCAGCACGUCGGUGUGGAUCUCGGCAGCCUCAUCUCGGCUCAAACGACUGGAAGCAACAUGCAGGAGCUCCUGGCCAGUAAUCUCACGCUCACCGCGUGGAUCGAGUACUGGGGCCUCUACGACACACUAGAGGUGAGAGUUAGCAACGGGAACAGGAGACCCGCAAAGCCAGACCUGGAAUUGCCGAGAGUGAGGCUCCCGGCGAUUCUCCAGAGGGAAAGCUACUACGUUGGCUUCUCCGCAUCCACUGGCCAGUGUCACCAGUAUUACCAGAUCUACAAAUGGAGCUUCACCACCCGGUACGUGAGCCAUCCCCCGAACAAGAGCGCACCACCGGGAGCCUGCAAGGCGUGGUACUGCAGUAGAACGAACUUCAUAGUCGCGGUUUUGCUGUCCUCGGCCGGGCUGGGAGUCGCGAUGCUGCUGCUGGGAGCUGCGCUGCUACAAUUCCAGGCCUUCCUCCGGGUCUACCUCAAGACACGGAGUAUCCAGAGACGGAACAAAGCUGGCUGCUCCUUCACGCUCUUCAGCUUCGAGGAGUUGGCGCUGGCGACGAAGAACUUCAGCGACAAGGAGCUGCUCGGCCGCGGAGGGAUGGGAAGCGUCUACAAAGGAGUGCUGUCCAGCGACGGCUCGGUCGUGGCGGUGAAGCUGCUGGCCAACGAUUCCAAGGAGAGCCACCACCAGUUUAUAUCGGAGCUGUCCAUCAUCUCCCGCCUCCAGCACAAGAACUUGGUCUCUCUCCGAGGCUGGUGUCACGAGAAAAGCAAACUCAUCCUCGUCUACGAGUUCAUGCCCAACGGGAGCCUCGACACCAUCCUGUUCGACCACCGGCGCGUUCUCCAGUGGGAUCAGCGGUACAACAUCGCCCAAGGCAUCGCCGAAGCGCUCGCCUUCUUGCACGGAGGAUGGGAGCACAAGAUCGUCCACCGGGACGUGAAAGCCGCAAACGUUUUGCUGGAUGCUGAUUUCGUUCCCCGGCUCGGCGACUUCGGCCUGGCUCGAUUCAUGGACGCCACCACCGAGGACAUGACCAAAGUCGGAACCUUGGGAUACAUCGCUCCCGAGUUGGCGUACACCGGAAGAGCAACCGUAAAGUCGGACGUCUACGGCUUUGGAGUGGUCCUCUUGGAGAUCGCAACCGGCCUCCACGCGCUUGACAAGAGCUUCGAAGCCGAUGGAAUAACUCUGCUCGACUGGGUGUGGAAGGCCAACACCGGAGGAAUGCUGCUCGAGGCCGCGGACGUGAAGUUGAUCAAGUGCUUCGAUGCGUUGCAAAUGGAGCGCGUCUUGACCCUCGGACUCUUGUGCUGCCAUCCCGAUGCGGAUAGCAGGCCGACGAUGCGAGAGUGUUGCCAGUUUCUGAGUGGAGACGUGCCGGCCCCCGUGCCGCCAACUUCCCGGCCUGUAACGCUCAGCUAUUACGCGGAGCACCCGGCAAUACAGGCCUUGAACGAGCCUUGAAAGUUAUAACCCCCGAUGUUAAC